GUUUAUCAAUUCUUGAGCAUUCUCAUUAUCCACUUCAACAUAUUCUCGCUGAUUUACACCUCACUCAAUCAAAUGUAUCAUUUCUUGAGACAAUGUUUGAUUGUAUUACUAUAUCCAAUGAAGAUAAUGAUUUAUGUUUGAAUGGUGUCAUCUUAGAAGAAGUAUCGUUGGAAGAAUUAUAUGAAAUGGCUAAAUUUGACUUUUUAGUCAGAUUUCUUUACAAGCCAUCAUCAGAUGAUAAUCAACUGUCCUAUUCUUUUGUUUCUUCAAGUGAUUUGUUUGAAGAAAGAACAAUUCGAGCCUUAACUCAAAGAUUUAAACAUCUUUGUGAACAAUUGUUUUCAUCAACUUCGAUGAGAAAAAACGGCGAUAAAUGUUCGACGGCUAUAUCACGACUUAGUCUUAUUUUAUCAACGCCAGCAUCAUUUGCACAAGCUCGUAUUUGGCUUGACGAAAGAAUUCGAUUUGAUCCAGACAAGCCACAAGUAGCAAUAUACAACAUGCCUUUUGUUUAUCGUCUGCAAUCAGAUCAUACUUUAUCGACUAAACAAUUUCGUCAUGCUCUUCAUCUCACUGUCAACAAACAUCCUUCACUUCACACAUCACUUUAUUUUGAUAUCCAAAAGAAUCUACUGAUGCAACGAGUUAUUACUCAUGAAGAUAAGAAUGAAAAUAAUAAUAUAUUUUCAAUAAUCGAAACUACUUAUGAAACAGAUGAACAAUUGAAUGAGAUUUUACAUGACGAGAAACGUAAUCCACAUCUCUUUGAUCUUGGUCAAGGUCUUGUCUUUCGAUGUCAUCUUGUUUACUACAAACAAAUCUCUUCAAAUGAUCUUCUUUCUCACAAAGAUCUCAUUAUUUUCAACUUUCAUCAUGCUUUAUUUGAUUUUCCAUCAAUGAAAGUGUUUCAUCAUGAUCUCAAUCAAGCAUAUACAACACGUCAGCUAUUAUAUGAUGACAACACUAAUCUUCGUUAUCUUGAUUAUGCUGCUAUUGAACAACAAAUGCCAAUGACUGGUGCAAGUAUGUUUUGGCUUGAUGCUCUUCAUGACUGUAAACUUGAUAAACCUUUGUCAUUACCAUUUGAUCGAUAUCGUCUUUCCAAUGAAUAUAGAACUGGUCGUGGAACAUCUAUUUCUUUUGAUCUUGGUCAGGAUCUCUUGCAUGACUUACUGAUUCAUGCAUCAUCAAAUAAUAUAUCACUGGAACAUCUCGCACUUGCUACUUAUUAUGUGUUUUUAUUCAAAUUAACGAAUGGAGAAAAAGAUUUAUGCAUUGGAAUAAAUACACAUGGUCGAUAUAGAGAUGAACUUAACUCUAUCAUUGGAAUGUUUGUGAAUGCUAUCCCUUUGCGAUGUCAACUCGAUCCUCAUUUAUCAUUUCAUAAAAUCACUAAGCAUGUUCAAGAUAAUAUGAUAAAUUGUAUGAAAUAUUCAUAUUUUCCACUUCAACACAUUCUCAAUCAACAUCCAAAUAUAUCAAAUCCUGUAUUUCUUGAUACAUCAUUUGACUUUGUAUCAUCGAUGAGAAGAGAUGAGGAGGAUGAAAUAAUGAUUGAUGAUAGCCAAUUUUCUUUACUACCUUAUUCAAUUAAGAUCA